GUCCGCAACCCUUUGGACACUCCUUGCAAGUGUUCGUCUUAUCGCGAACCCAUCGCGUCACAUAAACAACGAAAAUAGAACGGUAUUGUAAGAACCUUGAGGACCAAAGUGGAAAUUCAGAUGUAGUUAAGACAUUUGAAAACGACAAAUCGGACCGCUGUUCGGAAGAGAAAUAUGGCGGACAAAAAUACAACGCUACUCCGACUUUUCGUAAUCGCAGCUUUGAUCAGCGUUGUUAUUGCCGCACGAGCACGUCACAACAUUAUGAAAAGAAAUUACAGCGAUCAAAGCGUGAGAGGCUACCUGGCCGAGAGAACUUGUUGGUGGAACGAGGUUUGCAAGGAAGAAUUUCACAGUAAAUUUCGUUGCCGUUGCCCUCGUUGGUCUUACUGUCGAGCGCCAGGGAGAUAUUACGACGCUCAUUGCAGCAUGACACGAACGGGGUACAUUUGGACACAACCAGAGACUUCCAUAGCCCUCGAAAUCGACAAGUAGACGAAUAAAUAGUUCAACGAAAACUGCCACUCGGAUAAAUAUUUGAAAAAUCAUUAAAUUAAUCGACAUUUAUUAAGAAUAUGAUGGUGCAUUUGUUAUACAUCAAACAAUGAUAAUUAUAUUUAUAUUUACAAUUGCAUUCAAUUGUACAAAAGUUAUGAAUUUCCCCACGAUUGAUGGAGUUCGCUUAUUCCUUAUGACGAAUACUUUGUCAAUUAUUUUCCUCGAUAUUCUAUUUGUAAAAAUCGAAUGGUUAACAGGGCCACAAUUGAAUUAAUCUCCUAAUCAUAAUUGAGUAAAAUAAAAUAUCAAAAACAUUGCCAUUGUAUCGAACAAGUCUAUCGAUAAAGGUAUAACUGGAUGGAUAGCCCGACCAAAAAUUA